AUGCACGAUGGAUACAUAUCCGAUAGCGUGCUUCCUUGCCUUGCCUCGCCUCCGCCCCCUUUUAUGCCACCCCGUGACAUCACCGUUGGCAUUGCACGAAAUCCAAAUGAAUACAACGUAAACAGCUUCUGCCCGCCGGGCCCCCAUGGCCCCAUCAUCGGCCAUCCGAGUCAACCGAGUGAGCCACCCACCAUACCAGCAGCUCCCACUCGAGGCGGACAUCACAUUAUCGUCUCGUCUUCCCACCAGCACCUGCCGCGCUCUCCCCCCUCGAUUCCCAUUUGAUCCCACACCUCCACCAACUAGCUGCCACGCUCGCUUUCCCCUGCGACAUGCGUGAUGUGUGGGCGCUCCACUUGUUAACCAUCUCGCGCGCACGCCAGGCUCGGCUCCUCGAUCGACGCCAUGUCGCUGCGCCGGCUCUGCUUCGUGCUGCCCAUGGACGCCGACGAGGUGGUGGUGGUAGCUGGCGCUGCUGGUGAGGAGCAGCCUCGACGACGAGGGAUGGCAGCGAGCGGGAGGCUGGCGUCGUACGUCCGCCGCAAGGUCGGCCGCGCGCUGCGGUGCGGGCUCUGCGGCGCCUGGUGCCACCACCGCUCGUCGGGAGUCUGCAGCUUCGAGGACAUCGCCGGCGUGGACGCGGUCGGCGCGGGGAAGCUCGGCGGAGGCGCGGGCGGGAGCCCCAGGAUCUUCAGCUACUCGGAGCUCUACAUCGGGACCAGUGGGUUCAGCGACACGGAGAUCCUGGGCAGCGGAGGGUUCGGGCGGGUGUACCGCGCCGUGCUGCCGAGCGACGGCACGACGGUGGCCGUCAAGUGCGUCGCCGGCCGCGGCGACCGGUUCGAGAAGUCCUUCCUGGCGGAGCUGGCGGCGGUGGCGCGGCUGCGGCACCGCAACCUCGUCCGCCUCCGCGGGUGGUGCGUGCAGGACGAGGAGGAGCUGCUGCUGGUGUACGACUACAUGCCGAACCGCAGCCUCGACCGCCUCCUCUUCAGACCGGCGGCGGCGGCGGCGCCCGCCGCGUCGGCUCCGGCGCUGAGCUGGGACCGGCGACGCCGCAUCGUCUCCGGCCUUGCCGCUGCCCUGUUCUACCUGCACGAGCAGCUCGACACGCAGAUCAUACACCGGGACGUGAAGACCAGCAACGUCAUGCUGGACUCCGAGUACAACGCCCGGCUCGGCGACUUCGGCCUCGCCCGGUGGCUCGAGCACGCCAUGUCCGGCGAGGACGCGCCGCCGCCGCAGCUGGAGGUGUCCCCGUCGCCUCAUUCCGCGCGGUCGUCGUCGUUUGCUUCCGCGAAUUACCAGUUCCGGCUGAUGGACACCAGCCGGAUAGGCGGCACCAUCGGGUACCUUCCGCCGGAGAGCUUCCAGCGCCGGGCCAUGGCAACCGCCAAGUCCGACGUGUUCAGCUUCGGGAUCGUCCUCCUGGAGGUGGCCACAGGGCGGCGAGCGGUCGACCUCGCGUACCCCGACGACCAAAUCUUCAUGCUGGAUUGGGUGCGUCGGUUGUCCGAUGAGGGGAAGCUGCUCGACGCCGGCGACCGCAAGCUGCCGGACGGCAGCUACCCGCUGUUCGACAUGGGCCGUCUCAUACACCUCGGUCUCCUCUGCUCGCUGCACGAUCCUAGGUCUCGUCCCAGCAUGAAGUGGGUGGUGGAGAACCUCUCCGGCAGCUGCUCCGGCGACCUGCCACCGCUUCCGUCCUUCCUAGCUCUCCCAAAGUACGUCUCUCUCACUUCCCCCUCCGAUUCCGGCACGACGACGAACGCCACGGACAGCACGGUCACCUCUGCGUCGAAGCUCUACGGCACGGCGGCCGGGACGACCAUUUACCUCACCGCGGAGAACGGCCACCGCUCCAGAGGUGGCUUGGCUGACAACAGCGGCGGCAGCAGCCAGCGAUCGACGCGGCCGCUGGUGGUGAUCCCCAGCGUCGACACUCCCCGUGAGAUAUCGUACAAGGAGAUCGUCGCGAUCACCAACAACUUCUCCGAGUCGCAGAUGGUGGCGGAGCUCGACUUCGGGACAGGGUACGAGGGCUUCUUGGACAACGGCUAUGGCGGCAAUGGCGCCCGCCGCGACCGCGUCCAUGUCCUCGUGAAGCGGUUCGGCAUGAAGACGUGCCCGGCGCUGCGCGUCCGGUUCGCCAACGAGCUCCGCAACCUCGCGAAGCUGCAGCACCGGAACCUCGUCCAGCUGCGCGGCUGGUGCACGGAGCACGGCGAGAUGCUCGUCGUCUACGACUACUCCCCGGGGAACCUCCUGAGCCACCACCUCCUCCGGCGCGAUGGCGCAGGCGCCGCCGCCGUCCUCCCGUGGCGCCACCGGUACAGCAUCGUCAAGGCCCUCGCGUCCGCAGUCCUGUACCUGCACGAGGAGUGGGACGAGCAGGUCAUCCACCGCAACAUCACGUCGGCGGCGGUGUUCCUGGACCCCGACCGUAACCCGCGGCUCGGGAGCUUCGCGCUGGCCGAGUUCCUGUCAAGGAACGAGAGCCACGGCGGCGCGGGCGGGCACCACGUUGCCCUGCCCGCCACCAGCUCUGCUGCGCGGGGCAUCUUCGGCUACAUGUCGCCGGAGUACAUGGAGACCGGCGAGGCCACCACCAUGGCCGACGUCUACAGCUUCGGCGUGGUGGUGCUGGAGGUGGUGACCGGCGAGAUGGCGGUGGACGUGAGGUCGCCGGAGGUCCUUCUUGUCAGGAGAGCGCAGCGGUGGAAGGAGCAGAGCCGCCCCGUCGAGGCCAUCGUGGACAGACGGCUGGACGGCCAGGUUGAUCGCCCGGAGCUCGAGCGGUUGGUGAGGCUCGGCAUGGCGUGCACCCAGUCUGACCCGGCGGCGCGACCGACGAUGAGGAAGAUAGUGAGCAUCAUGGAUGGCAAUGACGAGAUCUUGAAGAAAUUCGAGCAGAGGAAGCAGCAGAGCAAGGAAGAGUGGGAGACCACAAAUGCUGCUGCUCUGUCCUUAGUAAGAAGACUCCAUGCUCUUGCGAUACACUGAACACAACGUCAAUAUGUAUAUAUUUUCUCUAAUAGAGAAAUAAAUUCUGUUAUUAUAGUUGGACACGAUAUUUUUAUAUAUAUUUAUUAAUUUCGUUCUUCAAAA